CUGUAUGAGAGUGAGUGAGAGAGGGAAAGAGAGAGAGAGAAUGGGAGAAGUGGUUGUUGUGCCUAGAAGGAAGCUGGGAUCACAAGGUUUAGAGGUCUCAGCAAUUGGUUUAGGAUGUAUGGGCAUGUCUCCCCUACAUGGCUCCCCUAAACCCACAGAGCCAAUGAUUGAAGUCAUCCAGACCGCCGUUGAAUUGGGCAUCACAUUUCUUGACACUUCUGAUCUCUACGGGCCUCACACGAACAGUAACAUUGUCGGACAGGCUUUGGAAGGGGAGGUGAGACACAAAGUGCAACUAGCUACCAAAUUCGGUAUCAAGUCACUGUCAGGUGAUACGCAGACGGAGGUAUGUGGCGAUCCUGCUUACGUGAAGGAAGCCUGCAACGCGUGCUUGAAACAACUUGGAGUCAGUUGUAUUGAUCUCUUUUACGUUCAUCGUAUCGAUACAAAAAUCCCUAUUGAACUAACGGUGGGAGCAUUGAAGGAACUAGUUGAAGAAGGGAAGAUUAAAUACAUAGGUCUCUCUGAAGCUUCACCAGAAACCAUCAAACGCGCGCACGCAGUUUAUCCAAUAACUGCGGUCCAGCUAGAAUGGUCAUUGUGGACAAGAGAUGCUGAAGAUGAAGUGAUUCCUACUUGCAGAGAACUUGGAAUCGGGAUAGUCCCGUUCAGUCCUUUAGGAAAAGGAUUCUUUUCAAAGGGUCCGAAGGUUGUCGAGAACUUUGCAAGCAACGACUUCCGAAGGAGUAUACCGAAAUUUCAAGGUGAAAAUUUAGAGCACAAUAAGAUUGUGUAUGAAAGGGUGAAUGAAAUCGCAAGAAAGAAGGGAUGCACAGCGUCGCAGCUAGCACUCGCAUGGCUCCUGCACCAAGGGGAUGAUGUUUGUCCCAUACCUGGCACAACCAAAAUCGAGAACCUCAAGCAAAACAUUGGAUCGGUUUUUGUAAAACUAACAACGGAAGACAUGUCGGAACUUGAGUUGAUUGCUGCAGUGGUGAAAGGCGAUAGGUAUUCGCCUGCUGUAAUGCAGGAUACUUGGAAGUAUGCAAAUACUCCACCAUUGACAUCUUGGAAAGCUGCUUGAAAUAUGAUGUUAGAGAACUUAUUUAGACUAUGAUAGACAUGACCCUUGUCAUGACUGUGACUCCAAAUGUUGCAUGUUUGAGCUUUUUGGUUUUUAGUUUGUGCCAGGCCCGGCCCGGAGGGAGUGCAGGGUGGGCGACCGCUCAAGGCCCAAACUCCCUCGGGGCCCAAAACUUUUUUUAAAAUAAAAUAGUAAUAUUAAGUGUUUGUAUAUAUACUGUUUCGAAAUUGCUUACAUAGUAUUAGUUGGUUCA